AUGGCCUCCAGUUUGCUGAUAAUCAUACUCCCGGGUGCCACUAUAGCUCUUGGCGCUACUGCUUUUUGCUUCUACUCUUGGUGCCUAUCAAUCGGAAAGAAACUUGAGAAAGGCAAGGUCGAAGCUUCUAUUGAUAUGGAAGACCCGGUAAGCCAUCAGUUAAUCUCUCAUGUCGAUCUUGUCCGCGCCACAGAUAAUUUUAGUGAAGAUCACAUGUUGGGAUCUGGGGGCUUUGGAAAAGUUUUUAAGGGCCAACUGAGCAGCGGUUUGGUGGUUGCAAUAAAGGUUCUCGAUAUGCGGUCCAGGCACAGCGUUAAGAGCUUUGAAGCGGAAUGUCGUGUGUUCCGCAUGGCGCGUCACCGCAACCUGAUACGGGUAAUUAACACAUGCUAUAACAUGGACUUCAUAGCACUGGUGUUGCAGUACAUGCCCAACGGCAGCUUAGACAUGCUACUUCACCACUCAGAAGAUGGGGCAAGACAAUUCGGGUUUCGUGAGAGGUUAGGCGCUAUGCUUGACGUAUCGAUGGCAAUGGAGUAUCUGCACCAUGGAUACCAUGAAGUGGUUUUGCAUUGUGACUUGAAGCCUAGCAAUGUAUUGUUUGAUGAGGACAUGACUGCACAUGUGGCAGACUUUGGCAUUGCAAGGUUACUACAAUGUGAGGAUAGCUCAACGAUCUCUUCAAACAUGCGUGGUACAAUUGGAUACAUGUCACCAGAGUAUGGGUCAUAUGGAAAAGCAUCACGACUGAGUGAUGUGUUUAGCUACGGAAUAAUGCUCCUUGAAGUUUUUACUGGAAGGAAGCCUACAGAUGCUAUGUUCGUCGGAGAACUAAGCCUUAGGCGAUGGGUUUACCAGUCAUUUCCCGCAGAGCUGACCCAUGUCGUUGAUGCCCGGCUACUGCAAGGCUCCUCCUCAAGUUGCAACUUGCACGGUAACUUUCUUCUGCCGGUAUUGGAAGUUGGUUUGCUCUGCUCCAAUGACUCGCCUUGCGAUAGGAUAAAGAUGAGCGAUGUGGUCGUUAUGCUAAAAAGGAUUCAAAUGAAAUACGCUGCAUGGGCAACCGAGACAUCACAGAGUGCAAUACCAUGA